GCCACAACCAUAGAAUAAUAGGGGAAUUCAAGUUGAGUAGUGAAGAAAUGAAUUAUAAAUACCCACUGAUUCAGAUCGCACCGUCAUUCCCAAAACAGCACCAAAUGGGCGUGCUGAAGUUGGAUUCAAGCGUAAGGUAAGCAAGCCCACUUUAACCUCGCUGGCAUCUUCACCACCAACCAACAUCACUGAUUCGUACCCGUCGGCAACUUUCCUCGCCCACGCACAUCAGGUGUUCGUGUUUUUGACACACAGAGAAACAAAAGGGGGAGGAAGGAUUCUGGCUCAACUCAAGUCAAUGGCGAAGUAGAGGAUCAAGGAAUCCAAGACUCGGAGUUGGUUUGCCGAAUACCCUGAAAUGUUGGUUCAAGAUCGGAGCUCUUCGCCGCCGGAAUCCCCCCGGGAGUCGAAAUUUGUCGGAGGUAAAGCUGCCCCACUGCCCAGGACGCGCUUUGCUGAAGCCAAGAAAAUCGAUUCUUGGAUGUGGGCUUCCGAGAAUGUCUAUAAAAUUCUCAUCUUUUCCCUCCUCGCAGUCACGGUAGCUGGCCUAUUUUACCUCCGCACCGGCGGCGGUGUCACUUCUACCUUGCUCUGUAUCCAGUCCGCCCAGACCCAGUCCAUUAAAGUCCAGUUGCCUAAAAUUAACUGGAAGAACAUACCUGCUAUCCAAGAUAAGCAUUCUCCCUAUGCCAAUUUCAGGUCUGAGAAGUGGAUUGUUGUCUCCGUGUCACAUUACCCGUCCGGUUCACUCGAGAAAUUGGCAAGGAUAAAAGGUUGGCAAGUGGUGGCUGUGGGCAACUCGAAGACCCCCAAAGACUGGAGCCUUAAAGGUACAGUUUACCUGUCUUUGGAAAUGCAAGCUGAGUUGGGAUUUAGAGUUGUAGAUUUUCUCCCUUAUGAUUCCUAUGUUAGAAAAACUGUUGGAUAUUUGUUCGCUAUACAACAUGGUGCUAAAAAGAUAUUUGAUGUUGAUGACCGCACUGACGUAGUUGAUAAUGAUAUUGGGAAACAUUUUGAUGUUGAAUUGUUUGGGGAGGGUGCGAGGCAGGAAGUCAUUUUGCAAUACAGUCAUGAGAAUCCCAACAGGACUGUUGUGAACCCUUAUAUUCAUUUUGGACAAAGGUCCGUCUGGCCAAGAGGUUUGCCCCUGGAGAAUGUUGGUGAGAUUGGGGAUGAGGAGUUCUACACUGAGGUUUUUGGUGGGAGACAGUUCAUUCAGCAGGGAAUCUCAAAUGGUUUACCCGAUGUGGAUUCGAUUUUCUAUUUCACUAGGAAGUCAAAACUGGAACCAUUUGAUAUUAGGUUCGAUGAUCAUGCCCCGAAAGUGGCAUUGCCUCAAGGCAUAAUGGUUCCUGUUAACUCUUUCAAUACUAUUUUUCAUUCGUCGGCAUUUUGGGGGUUGAUGCUGCCAGUUUCUGUCAGUAGCAUGGCUUCUGAUGUGUUAAGAGGGUAUAUGGCACAAAGAAUCUUAUGGGAAAUUGGUGGAUAUGUUGUGGUAUAUCCUCCCACAAUUUACCGACACGAUAGAGUUGAGGCCUACCCAUUUUCAGAAGAGAAAGAUCUUCAUGUGAAUGUGGGCAAGUUAAUAAAGUUCCUAGUAUCAUGGAGAUCAAACAAGAAUGGUCUAUUUGAGAAGAUUUUGGAGUUGAGUUACGCCAUGGCUGAGGAAGGUUUUUGGGCAGAGAGAGACUUGGAGUUCACUGCUGCUUGGCUGCAAGAUUUGUGUGCCAUCGGUUACCUACAGCCCCGCCUGAUGUCUCUUGAAUUAGACCGGCCAAGGCCAAAUAUAGGUCACGGUGAUAGGAAACAGUUUGUUCCUCAAAAGUUGCCAUCUGUGCAUCUUGGAGUUGAGGAAACUGGGACUGUGAACUAUGAAAUUGGAAACUUGAUCAAGUGGAGGAAGAAUUUCGGCAAUAUCGUGUUAAUAAUGUUCUGCAGCGGACCUGUUGAACGCACUGCUUUGGAAUGGAGGUUGUUAUAUGGAAGGAUAUUUAAGACAGUAAUUAUACUGUCGGGGCAGCAGAACUCAGAACUUGCUGUUGAAAAAGGGCAGCUGGACUACAUUUACAAGUUUCUGCCCAAAUUCUUCGAUAGAUACUCUAGUGCAGAAGGCUUUCUGUUUCUUCAGGAUGACACCAUUCUUAACUAUUGGAAUUUGCUACAAGCAGACAAGUCUAAGCUCUGGAUUACUAACCAGGUGCCAAAAUCUUGGACCUAUGCUUCAGUCAUUGGUACUUCUGAGUGGAUAUCAAAGCAAGCCAACCUGGUAAAGAAAGUAGUGGACACAAUGCAGGUUCAUUUUCAGGUCAACUACAAAGCAUCACAGAAAACUGACACCACCCUCGUGCUAUGCGAAUCCGAGGUUUUCUAUGUUCCUCGACCCUUCGUACCCGACUUCGUCGACCUCGUGAAUCUAGUGGGCGAACUCGACAUCCAUCACAAGGUUGCAAUACCCAUGUUCUUCAUGGCAAUGGACUCGACGAAGAACUUUGACCCGGUCUUCAACUCAAUGGUGUACAAGGAAAACCGGCCCAACAACUCCACAUAUUAUUCUGCUGAAGCGCCAGCUGUCCGCCCGUGGGCCGUGUCAAGCGAGCAAGAGUUUAUAAAACUCAUCAAAGUUAUGGCGGCAGGCGACCCACUGCUAAUGGAGUUGGUGUAAUGAUUGGUUGUAGAACCUCAUCAAAGGUAUCUGAUCCGAGAACGAAGACACAUGGAAAGGAUGUGUUCUGUAAUUCUUUGUAGAGUUUGGUUUGUCCUGCAUUGCUGUUUCGUUAUAGCUUCGGGUUUUCAUUUGUACACAGUGAUUUGUGACAGAAUAUAUGGUUUUCAGUGUUUUUUCACUGAUGAUUUUUACUCUGUAAAUUUUCACAUUUGCUCAAAGGAGGAAUGAAAUUCGGUGGCGCUU